CGCACGACUUCGACGUCGUGUCCUCCGCUUCCUCAGACCAGGAACAACAAGCGAAUACGCUGAAAGCCAUGUCGUCUCCGAUUUCCUCGGAUGAUUCCGACGCUAGCGGCAACAGCGACAACGACGACGUCUUACUGUACAAAAGGCGUGCACGAUACAACCUCCACGCAGGAGGUGUGGUUUCCUCAUCUUCCGCGUUUGCGGGAGAUGGCAGCCGUGGCCUGUCGACAAAGGGUAGCAAGGACUUCCGUCAGCGCACUUCUAUCGUAGGGGGAAGUCCGUCCUCUCCUUCAGGUGACGACUCGUCUUCGCCGUCUUCCAGUGAUUCCUCUCUUUCCACCUCCUCGUCGAGCUCUUCCUCAUCCGGUUCGCCAUCCAAUCCGAGCUCCUCUGGCUCGUACGCUUCCGCAGGUUUCAGCGACGUCUCUCUCUUCUCAUCUCCGCCUGCUCUAGUUAAGGCAGAAGAUAAUCCAUCCCCUGCAGACUCUACUCCUGCAGUUUUUAUUUAUCAAGUAGAAGUAACUAAUCACUUUCACUUAGGAUGAACUAGAUUUUUACUACUUUAUUUCUACUUUCCAAGGGAGAACGAGUAUUAUAUCAAUGAGAAAUUAUGAAUUCAAAUUAGCACCGAAGCGAAAUCAAGUGCUAAUUCUGGAGGUGGAGAUCAUCAGAAUCGGGACCAGGACAACAACGAGUUGUCUAGCGCCAGCAGCUCAGAGGAAGAGCAAGGAGAGCCAAGUGAUGUGGAAUAUGUUGGCGAAGAUAGCCCAGGUUCUGAGGACGACUCGCCCCUGCGCGUACCUGUAGAAACCAGGCUGGAUCGCGAUGGGUAAGAAUUAUCGUUUUUCCGAACGUUGGUUAAAGUUUACCUUGUUACCAAGUAGUGCAUCCUUACUGUUAUUAUUUUUCUGAACGCUUCGCAACCGCAAGUAGUGUUAAGUGUAUGCUGAUAUUUCAACCGCUCCAUUGUGCACUAAGACUAAAGAUACACGACCACUACGGUUGAUCUGCACCCGGAACAAGUAGAAAUUCUAGUAGACGAGCACUACAUAUACGUUGUUGGACUUCAAAAAUGAUCCCUCGCACAUAGAUUGGAGUUGUCGCGCCGCGAGUUCGUUCGACUGCAUGGUAAGCACGCCGACUGGCAGCGCGAAGCCAUUCCGUUGUACGCCACUCGUGUUUCUCCGGAUGGCAAUUUGUUGCACUAUCACGAAUAUCUUGAGCUGUACGGCCUAGAGGCAUGGUCCAAAUGGUGGAAGUCGCCGCUUGAUCACGAGCGACGCACAGCCUUGGACGGCAACAACUAUGGAAAGCGCGCUUUUCAUGAAUGGUACUUGAAAAGCAGUUUUCAUCAUAGAAUUUGUAGCAAGCUAGAUUUAUUUUCUUAUAUAUAAGGGACAUGAAGUUUUAAGAGGUUUCCUCCUGGAGAUGUGCAAGUAGUUGUAAGAGAAAACCUCCUGCUGGCUCUUUUCUUCAUGUCUCCCAUUCAUUGAAAAUUUCUUUGAGCAUGAUGAGGUCAAAGCUUUUUUCAAGACUGAUGGUAUGCUUUUUCUUUGCGAACUUUAUCAUUACUGUAGAGCAUCGCUCAUGCUCGCCUUACGACGCCCAGCUACCAAAUAGAGAGCGAUCACUUCAAGGUACGGAGACCGUGCGGGUAAACUGUGGAGCCUUGCUCCGCGACCCUACGAAAAACGUGUCGACUCGUUUGCGCGCGUUCGCACGAAGAGCCAAUUCAUUCGUCGCUUUGGGGCAGUACUAAUAUUUAUAUAAAUACUACCACUGAUUUCUUUAUCUUCUCAAUCUCAUAAAAGGAAAGUUUUUGACUUGAUGACGAUGAUGUCAAACAACAAAGCUUUAUUCGAUCUGGAUCUAUGGCAGUGAAAUUCCUUGUCUGAAGAUUGUAAGUACAUUUACAACUAGAACAUAUUUUCAACCCUACAGGAACUUGGCAAUUUCGAAUGGGAUCGGGCGCCGCAGGCGAACUAUCGCCGUGUGGCACCAGAUGGCCGUCGUCUGACGUUGCAGCUUUUCGUUCACAACUUUGGCCGCUUGAACGGGAACCGAUUCUGGCACGCGGCACCGCGACCAUGGCACCGUCGGUAAGAUAAACUUACAUUUUUGCAGAGUUCUAAAUCACGUUACAACUACCGGGGAACAACUUAUAAUCAUUAUUUUUGCAGCUGCAGCAAAGUUCUACUUCUAGUUCUAAAUUUGAUAGAAGCUAAGUAGUCCUUGCAAUAUUUCGGACUCCUGAGAAGUUUCCAUUUCCAAUGUUCUACUCAGACGAAACGACCUCUCAUUUUAUAUAAGCACUUUCACUUUCACACUCAUGCAUCUACAUGAAAAGGGCUAGUCGAAGCCGCUCUUCUUCUCACGAUGGCACUUCCAUGGGGUACGUGGGAAGCGCAGACCAGAAUAUGAUGGACCAGUACAAUAACGCACCGCCGCAAGUCCUGUCGACCGUUCCGCUGAACGCCACGCCUCCGGCAGCGACGAUGCUAGUUCCCGUCGUCGUGAACAUUACGCUCUUGGAUGCGAGUGCUUUUGGAUCUUUUCAUCUCGGCAGUGGUUCUUUUCUCCCGAAUUUUAAGAGCGGUUGUCGAGGACGGUAGUUCAUUGCGGAUAAUCUUUGUUGAUGAGGUUGAUAGCAUUACCAUUAGAAUCGUGCUUUCGUUCUAUGUAUCUUCUAUUUGACUAUUGUAGUUGGUCCGUCCUACUUGUUCGACUUGUUCGACAUUCGGCUGUUUUUCACGGGGACGAGUCAAAUAUGAACUACGAUAUAAUUUUUGAGUACUUUCUCCUCGUAAACGUAAAGAAUAAAGAAACUGCAACUGCAAGUUCUGGGUCAGAAAAGAAAUAGAUAUCACAUGACAUUGUUUGACAAGACGAAACGAAAAGCUUUAAGAUUUGGGGCAUACCUUUUGCUGCUGUGAAUGCGUCGACCAGUUCGUAUUUGUGGGAUAACAAUAGCGCCGUCAACAGCGUUCAGAACUCGGCAGAAGUGCAAGGAUCACUACAACAUGUUGAAGAGAGUACUACUGCUGGUGAAGAUCAUUUUCCUCGAUCUUCACCUUCGUCGCAGCCACAGGUCCUCGAGCAGGAUGAAGCUGGACCGCAUCAACAGGUAUCACAUGAACACGCUUCAACAGCAGCGCCAGUGAGAAGGAGUGUUGACACGACGACGCAGACAGAUCACGGUCAGGGAUUUUUUACCAGGUUUGCCGUCACGGAGGACGAUCUCGUGGACGAAGUGGAGGGCUUCCUGUACGAUGUGGACAGUGUGCGAUUAAGGCUUCCUGUAGUCCAUCUCUGCUAUAAUAAUAAUAGCGAUGAUCCCUCAAGAACAGUAUGCACCCCACCCCAAUAGAUACAAGGGAAAUAUAGUUGGCGCACAUUGUUCUUGAGGGAUUUUUUUCCACGGGGAAGAUGAAUUGGGGAGAGGUCUAAGGCGAGCAGGCGAUGACAGUGCUGUAGAUUACUACGCACCGGGUGCUAUCAUGACUGUCGGUUUCGAUAACUUCGAAGAUUCUUCCUUGCACUUUUACCGAAGACACGAUGCUCACGAAGAUCAUGAGGACGAAGACGCACACGAAGAAGGAAACAACGAGAACGUCGAAAACGAAGAAGGAAACAAGAACGAGAACACGAACAUGAACAUGAUUACUGAAGACACAAGCACAACGAGAAAUGUGGAGGAACAAGUUGAUCAGGAAGAUGAAGUUGUGGAACACCGAGAAAAUACUGCUUUGCAAAAAGAAGACCGGCGUGUGGACUACCUUGAGGGCUAUGUUCCGCUCUUGGCUACGAGUACCUCUUCGCUAGCUAGUUUGGUUCCCGAGUCGUCCGCAGACGACGCGAGGUUUGACGAAAGUGGUGAUCUGGAGGGCGACAAGAAACAGGUUCGUGAUGGUGAGACUAACUUCGAAGCGAACAGUAACGGGCCUUCGAUCGAAGGGCGCAAACCCCGACGAGGGGAUGUUUCGGCGUCGUCGUCGGGUAGCAGCACGCCGCGUAUCAACGAGCGCCUGCAAGAAGAAGCUCUGGCAGCAGCUGCGGGAAUCGCGACGCAUAAUGACGUUGAGGAGCAGACGCAUGAUGGAGAACAAGAUCAUGAUGUGGAAGCAGCAACUUCUUCCUCGAAAAAGGCUUCGCCUGCUUCGUCGUCGGACGACAGGCAAUAUCUGCGUUCCUCGGAGGCGUGGGAGGCCGAUCGUCAGGAGCUCGCGGACCGUUUCCGACGUCUGUUGAUGAUCGACUCAGAUUUCGCUUUUGCCGCUAUUGGAUCUGCCUCUAGUAUCUCAAGUAGCAGCAGCAACCUAGCCUCGUCUUCUAUCACUGAUGAUGUUAUGUCUACUUUGACUCAUUUUCAUAAUUUCAUAGCACGUUCCGUUUUUGAUGUUCAUCUUCUCUCCACCAAGGGGAAGGGGUCUGUCGAUCUCGUUAGAAGGUGCAUGUGAUUUUUUCCCUUGAUCAAUUGAGCCGUAAAGGCUCCGGGAAAAGGUUAAAGGUAUUCCUGAAAAGAUGUGUGGACCAAGGAAGAUGGAAUCAAAUUCGUGCUAAGUUUGGAGCAGAGGCAAAUACAGGAUCUGCCACAGCCUUUUUGGAAACGGCAUCCUCAUCUUCCACGGAAGCCCGCAGCGCUAUUCUUGACCAGAUUACGACCACGACUAGUUCUGUAACAUCUUCGUCAUCUUCUUCUAGUGACAGCAUCAAUGCGAACCCAUAUCGAGCUCUCGCCAUGUCGGAUAAGGAUGAAGAUUUAGACAUGUUUGCGCCCCCCACAGCCGAUGAAUUGGAGCGCUUGCUUGCGACGACGCCGUCGGGCGACCUCAACGGCGCGUUCACGCGUGCUGUCGAGUAUGAGCGCGAACGCACGCGCGCCGCCGAAUCGGAUCGGUGGGAAGCUAUGUCCGCCACUUCACUCGCAGAAGUUGCCCAGUCUGAGAAAGAUGAAGAAUACUUCCGUGAAUACCACUUAACCUUAAAUGAUGAUGAUGAUGAUGAUGACGAUCAUGUUGUUAAGGCUACCGCUGAAGCAUCCUCCGCGCCAUUCUUGGCCUCCUUUUCAACGGGAUAAGGGGCGCAAGGAUGGUCUCAGGGAUGCGACGCGGUAGCUCUAAUGUUGAGAAUUAUGGAGAUGACAUCUUCCAGCUGGGCGAACACGACGACUACCAUGGGGAUCACCAUCACGAAGAUAGUGCUGCGGUGAGUGAUGGCACUAGCGCAAGUAUGAUUGGAACUACUGCUUCGGAACAAGAACAAAUGAAAGUGAAAACAGAAGUAGGACAGGAUCAAAAAGACGCAGCUGAUCUCCUCUCCUCGAUUUUCCGCAGUGUUUCCUCGGCCGGCGAAGAGCAGGCCGUCGACGCUGAAGGAGACGAACACUUCCAGCAUGGGCCAGGAGAGCUGGAAUUUGAUGACUCUGAACUCAGAGAAGAAGAUGCGCUCGUACGUGCAAUCAUGUCCUCUUCGAGCAGUGCUGGAGCCUCCUCUGCUGAUACUGAACGGGACGCGGACGAUGAUAACUUACUUUCAGAUGAUAUGCAAGGAGGUAUUCUUGUUAUUUGGAUAUUACAGUAUGAGGAGCAUUGUGCGCUGCACGUAGUUGUGCUAUAAGAGAAGAUGUUCGUUGCCUGCGAUCAGCAAAUCUCAAGUACUGCAACUGUAUAUAUGGGGCGUCUCAUUUGAUUAUUAUAUAAUUAUUCAUUUAUAGAUUGACUUGUUAGUUUGUGCUGUUGCUGUCCUUGUAGUCUUUGGGGAGCGCGGGUUUUGUUCUCUACUGUACGAGAACUGUGACGUCGAUGUUGUGCAUUUCCUCCGAGUGUUCCUCCUUUCAUUAGUAGUGACGUGACGACACCAGGUGGGUUCCAGAGCCUCAACGAUUAUUUGUCGAUGGCCCGCUUGGUCAUGGAGCAGAUGAGGUUUCCGUUUCAACCACCGGCAGAGGCUGCCCGCGAACUCCUGGAGGAUGCCGCAGCGCUUGUGGAGGACGUGCGUUCAUUCGGACAGGGUGUUGCCCUUCGCUUGUCGACUUCUGUCUCUGAAGCCGAACAAAUCGCACCGCGCGCUGCAAAUGCGCUCAGCAAAAAGAUUUCGGCAGCUGGUAUUUUUGGAUAUUUCCCGUGAAUGUUUGAAUCAAAAUUACGUACAUGAUGCUAACGCUGUUCGUGAUUGAAAACAAAUUUAUUCUUCACAAAGGAUAUUAAUACUCCUCCUAAACGACUACCUAUUUGUUCCAAAUAUUCAAGUUGCAUAUGAAGAUAUCUAUGAAGAUAUCUCAACAAUUUCACAGCGAUGGGCCACCUGAACCCUUUGACGCUGAUGAUGAGCAAGCGUAUGGAAUUUGAAGCUGCCUCGAGCCACGACUUCGAGGAGCUCGCAGACACCCCGAAUGCACAAUCGUCUUCCGCCUUUGGCCCACCGUCGCCGCCUAGUAUGCUGCUCGAUACACCGAACCUCCACCGAGGAGAGGAAGUUGCUGCAAUCUCGUCGCCUGAGCCUGAGUACCUCGAACAACGAGGAGAAUCUGUUGAGCCGCCUCCAUCGUCCUCAUCUUCUUCUGCUUCGUCCUCCAGUUCGUCUCAGACCUUGUUCAUGUUCAGUUCUUCGCCGAUUGCAAACUCGUUCACGGAUGCAGUCCACUCUUUUGCGCGUAAUGUUAAGGCUAGUAGUACCUCUGAUUCUGAAGAACAAGAUACCAAAUCAUAUAAGUAGAAGAUUGAACCUCGACUGUACACACAGCAUCCAUGAUCCUGCUUGGCUUUAUUGAAUUUUUCGAACUGGAAAUGGAAAACGAUGCCAGGGAUGCUGUUCUUCAGGAUGCGAAUGUGGUCGUAACCGCUACCACUCUAACACUAGCGCAGACUCGUUCCGCCAAUCUAUGGGUCAGCUCAAAGAGGCCACUGGUGGCAUUCAACGGCUCGUUUGUAACAACGGGAAUUUGGAACUAGUCACGGGAUUAGCACCUGCAUCGCCAGAUACGUAAUAGACACUUGAACUGAAGAUAACUACUACCUCUAACUUUGCUGAACUUACCCCCAGAUUGGGUAUACUACUACUACUACUACUUGCUUAGGUUGUUUGCUCAGACUUUGUUGACUGUCUUCGUGUGGAACAGAUACAGAUUCACCGGGAAACACGACAGACGUGAACAUGAGUGUCUGAUUGUUUGUAAAUCGAAGAAAAGGAUGCAUUGUAAUUGAUGAAUAUCUUAUCAAUUAUACAACAUGGUUGUGUGAUCAUCAUGUUUCUACAUUUACUUAUGAGACUCCGCCAACAUCCUUUGGCAAUGAUCGACAUGUUGUAUAAAACUCCUCGUCUUGAUAAAAUAAUUGUUAGGACGUCACAGCUGACGAUGCAGUUGGUGCGGUUGGAGGAUUUGAUGACAACAGCAAUCAAGGACAUAAGCAAAAGCAGCGUGGUUCGAAAUAUCGGACGUCCUGUCAUUAAGUUUCUCACUGCCGAUGCUCGGGCGCAGAUGAGAGUGUACUUAUUUAUCUUCCAGCACUUCCGUUUUGGGAGUUGUACUUAUUCAGAAGAAGAACUUCAUCUUAUUCAAUAUCACGCAUUGUGUUUUUUUUACGAGAUGAGCAAGAUCCUCUUCAUUUCUCAUUUUUUCAUCUUUUCCGAAUUUGCUUCUUCACGACUACUACAUCCCUCACCUCCUUCAACAUACUUCUCGUCAGGGACGAGUCUGCUUCUCGCUCUCGUGCUGCACGAAUCGCGUCCGUGUUUGACGCCUACAAAGCUGCGGUGGAUGAGAAGCGUCGGGGUCAGCGCAGUCUACAAUUGGUAGUUGCGCAGCUGGAAAAGGCUGGACGAUGGAAUCGCCUGGUUCGUGCCUUGCUGAAAGACAACCAACGUCUUGUCGAAGCGCGCAAGCACGCGGUUAUCGAUGCCCUGAAGGUGCAGCGACUUCGACACAUCCGGAAUGGCAUGCAGAAGCGUCAAGAACAGCUGCAGACGAGGGCUCAGCCGGGCGACGGAAAUGCGUCAUCUGAAGAGAUGACCACAACAACUACCACGUCGAUGCUCGAUACAUCUUCCGCUGGGGGUCGUGGGUCGACUCCUGUAUUGUCUUCGAACGUGACGAGGAGGACGGGCACCACAGGACGAGGAGAGCCGUUGCGUGCCAGCACUCCAACCUUCACUCGCGGCGAAGCACAUGACUCGUGGAACUUUUACCGCCGAAAUUUCUACUCGGGCGCUGCAUCGACGACGACUACCCAGGCACAAGACACCGGCUCUGAAGAUGUGAGCAACGGCAACUCCGAAGACGAUGAUAGUACUAGCACGACCACAUCAGACAUGACAACAUCAAAGGGUAUCACGGACACGGACUCUGCUGACGCAAUCCCGGAUACUGGUAUGCCAUCAACAACAACCAGGCGCCGCUUUUCCAUGCCUGAGCCAAACAGGGGGUCUUCAUUCCUCUCUUUUGCUGAAAGCCCGUCUGUUGCUUCUUGGUUCCAACCAUUUAGGGUCACACCACUCAAAACGUCGACGUCAGUGGCAGUCGGAAGUGAGGGCGCAUCAGCAUCCUCUCCAGAAGGGUCUCGUCCAGAUCAUGAGGUAGAAAUUACAACUACUACGUCCAGCAGCACUCGUACAUCACCGGCCUCGACGGAUGGGCCACCACCUGCCUCCCAAGAAGGUACCGAUGACAAUGUUUACUUCAACCGCAAGCCUUCAGUCGUUUCAUCGAUCCGUCCGCGGCAACAUGCUUCUGUUGGGUCACAAGAAGACAUCUUUCGUGCCAAAGACGAAACGUUGACGCCCCUUCCGGUCGCAAACUGGCGACACGUACAUGCGAGGAACAAGGCCUACAUGCCACGAAGCGAAACCCGUCUACAGCAAAGGGCAUCUCCGGUCCUCGGACUCAACAAAUUACAACACAAGAAGAAUUUUAUGCACCAUGACCACGUCGUAAGCCCACGUUUGUUGCGCGCUCGCAUCAUGCGCGAUUCGAUAGUGCAGUCUCUGGUUGACCUGUCAGAGCAACGAUCCAAGCUUCUUGCGAUGGUGCGGUUUACGUUGCUGACACAGAGCAACGACAGCGUUGGAAACCGGCGCGCGGCCGAGAACUACGACUUUUUGAUGAGACACUGGGCUCAGUUCCUUCGCGCCGGGAAGAGUUCUUUUCAGAGCCGCCAGACGCGUCCAGCGAACAAGGUUGAAAAAAUCACAAUGUUUAAGGGCAAAGAAGAGAAGAUGAAGAUGAUCAAAGACAUUCAGGAUGGAGGGAAAGAUGCCAAAGAUGCAUCUUCAUCCUCUGCACCUGCUGCUACAGCUGCUGCAAAUGGUGCUAGUAAAGAGGAGGACAACACUGGAGCGGAGAUGGAUGCAACCGCCGCAUCGACGUCAUCAACCACAACUACGAGAGACGCAGUUUCGCUACUCCUUCCAACAUCUCGGGAAAGAGACUCCUCGAGUACUUCUGGCACGACUAGUAGAAGUACAGGCGAUACGUUGGGGAUUGUGGCGCAAUCCAAUACUCUUGCGCUUGCCGAAACGCCCCUGCAAGAGGUUCUCUUCAUGCUUGGGCAGCGGUCAGGUUCGCCUCCGUCAGAUCGUGACGACGAUGCCGUGUCUGUAUCGUCUCAGACAUCCUCGUCCGACGAUCAUGACGCAUCGACCGGAACGUCACCUUCAACUUCAUCGGCUCGAGGUAAGAAACUUUCCCGAUGGUUGUAUGUAAUGGUUUCUCAACGAACUUAUAUUGAAUAUAGAAGGUACUACUACUAAAACUAAUGAAGAUAAGUAUAUAGAUGCACUUAAGUACUUUAUAGUUGUAAUAUUGACGAAGACGAACAGGCGUGAGUGCGUGGUUCCCAUCCUCCUGUUUUGUUCAGUUAAAUGAUUGAUCAUUUUUAGUACUCCUUUGAGUUAGCUAGAAGAAUCAAGAAUGCACAGGAAAAUGAGGAUAACAUGAUACACUUGCACAUGCUCUCUCGUCAGGUGACACUGGGCUAGCACCAGAGGACAGUUUGUUCUGGAGAUAUGCCUGCAGCGGGGCUUUGUGCGUGACCGUGGCGUUGGUCGCGGGAAUCCUGUUGUGUGGACGUGUCUGCUCCCCUCGCUUGGGGAGCAAGAAAGGUAGCUUCUUCGGGGGACGGAGAGGCGACUCUGACGACUCACAGGUUCUUGGAACUGCAGUGGGAGUCCUCGGUUCUUCUUACGGCAGGCGUCACGAAUGUUGUUCUGACCUUUGAUAUAAAUAUUAAAAUUAAGCGGCUCACAGAUUGCAUCGCCCAAGCACAUGAAAGCCGCACAGCACUGCUCGCGUGGCGUUGUUCUUGUUCACUUAAAUCAAAGCCUUGAGAUGACGCAUGCCCACACCUCUCGAGAAAGCCAGAAGCAGAUAGGGAAGCUAAGCGAUAGAGCGCAACUUGCCGAAAGCUUGGGAGGGUAAAUGGCUCACAGAGAGCACACGCGAAGCAGCUGAAGCGUAGGCAGCAACGCGACACCAUAAAGCUGCGGGAUUUGGAUGGAAAACCCAAAACGGCGCAAAGAGUAAAACCCCGCAAACAGGCCGAGAGUAGAACGGGGCCGCCCCCUAGUUCUCUCCACGGAAAAGAUCCACGGUAGACGUUCUCAUGGUGAGCGGCGUCGGGCGUAGUGCUUCGCCCACUAUGCGGAGAACCGAAAGCGACAAGCCUGGGGCCCCCCUCGUGACACUGCCAUGCCAGCCGGAGACGCAACACACUCCAAGAGUAGGGGACCCACGCCCAAAACCCGGGCCAGGGGGCGGGCGAGGUUCUCAUGGUGAGCGGAGUCGACUGCAGUGCUUCGCCCAGCCACUACGCUGAGAACCAAAAACAGCAGGCCUGGAGUGAUCUGCUCAAGGAUUUGACUCUCGGCGUAUGUAUUUGGUUACUCGUUUGCCUCAUUCGUUCGAAGUAGUUCCUUUUGGGCGUUUCGGGUGCUGCCAGGGCGGGGGUUUAUGUAGCACGUAGUAGCUUGUAGCGCGGAGCUGCUUUGCUUAUUCCAUAGCCCGCCACUCUUUACGUAAUUCGUAGCACGCCGGUAGGCCGUAUGGAUUUUAUGUAACUCGUAGCAUUUGCCAGACCCUUCCGCCCUGCCCCGGCGUGUGAUGUACACGCCGGGGGCACGUGGGCGGUAUAAAUAUUAAAAUUAAUAGAUAUCAUGUAUACAAAUCAAUUAACCAUAACUUCGGUCUAGAAGACUCUCGUGACGAUCAUCAUAUUUUUUUAUAGAUACAAACCUUCUCCACUAACUCACUACUAUUGCGGCCUCCUAAAAUUGACCUUACAUUUAAUUAAGUGCCGAGUCUUUUUGUCUCUUCAUCCAACAACACCUUUAGGGAAUGAACACACACACAUAGAAAUGCCCUCACGCAGUGCAGCAGCAGAAGAAAGAGAACAUUGCGUUCUCACAAGAUACGAAAUAUCUUUUGUUUUUUGUUAGAAAGAUCGUUUCUUGAAUUCUAAGGCUCUCGAGAUUAUAGAUACAAGCCUUCUUGUUACUUAUGUUUCUGACUGGGUCAACAUCAUCGAUCCUAUCGAUAGCUGAUGUAAGAGGUUUUGGGCUCGUGGCAACCGCAGUCAUCUCUAAAGCGUAUCAGCACUAGGAGGAGCGGCUACGGCUGCUCGGGCGUUCGGUGGCAUUAUAGCGACGCGAGCAACGGCAACUACGUGCAACGGACUCGUGGAUGUUUACGAUCUCGAUGACGACGAAGAAAAGGACGGCUACCUUGAGGACAGCGAAGGCGAAGCGGCUGCGUGA